AUGGAUGUCGAGGGGAAGUUGAGUGACUCCAGGAUAUGUGGGUUUGGGAUAGCGAGCAAACACACGGAGCAAGUGUUCCUGACUCGGUGCGUGUUGCCCGUCUGUGCUCUACAGACCGCUGUUACUGUCGCCUCCCAGCUUGGUCUUCCAAGGCCACCCCACAGCAACUGCAUUCCUCACGGCUCUUUUCGCAGAGAUAAUCAUCUGUGGUAUGUGCCUAGCCAGGGGGGACUCUUAACACACAGCACAAAGACUGAUUCUUACAGGUACCACGUGCAUAUGAGAAGGCCAUUUUGUUACACAUAAGCCAGCGCACAUCGGUAACCUUAAGGCAGUGGUUGUGGUGGUAAUACUUAGCCGGUUGUGGGUUAUCUUCACAGGAAAGGGGGCAGUUUGCUGGAAUGCGGGUGUUUUUUCCCCUCCUCCAUUUUCUAAUUGCCUCUUCUGUUUCCUGUUCUCCCCCGGGGUGUGUCAUUAGAAACUGCUGGCCUCAAAGAAUGGCCUGUUGACUGUUUCAAACUGGUUGGGAGGCUCUUGGGUCAAAUUGUUGCCCCUUUACCAUUUUAGUUAGCAAUAUUGUAACCAGGCAAGUGCAACAUUUUAUUAAUUUGAUUUUGUGAUAUUAUAGGCCUAUAUUAUGGUGAGUGAUGGUUAUCCUGGAGAAGACUGCAGCUAUUUUAGGCCUAUGUAAUAGUUGAUGUAAAUGUUCUUGAAAUGCCACUAUGGAGGUGUAGUCUACAGGUUCAAGCCUCAAAUGUCAUUUGGGAGUUUUCCAUUGUUUUCCAGUCCUAUGUUACAUGUUGCUCUCUACCUUUUUUAAAAGAUGGGGAAUAUGUCAUUAAAUGUAAUGACUAGGCCUAUUUACCUUAGCUGUGGAGAUGGUCUCUCUUAAUUUCAUUCCUCAAAGAUUGGGGGGGUGAAUGGAACCAAUUCAGCACAUGCAAAUAUGUCCCCCCCCCCCAUUUUCAACAUGCAUGUUGUUCCACUGACCUCUGUACUCCCCCCACAAGCUGAUUAGGGAAAGGAUGGUAUGGGGAAGGGCUGGGUGGCCUGUGUUUGAUCAUGGCAGUUGCCAUGUUUCUUGGUAGCCACCAUUAUAGGCUACGAACUAGAUUAAAACUCACGGCAGCCGAGACGUAGUUGCUUUAAGGGGUUCACACACCCUUGGUGUUUGGUGGCCGAGAGUACUUAGCACCUCUGAACGUAACUUGCAAACAGAGUUUACAGGGCAUGAAACAUUUCGACAGUCAGACGAAUACAGCGGGUGGUCCCUAAAACACAGCGCUCUGAACGAUCGGUGGACGAACGCUAGCUCCACCUUCGGUGCGAUCUGCGUGAGCCUUAAGAGGCAGUGGAUUGAAUUGCUGUUCAAUAAUUUACAUGUUGAUAAGUAACAAGAUCUCACUUAGCCACCUCCAAGGCUCCCCUGUUUUUAUCGUAACUGGCCCUUUUAACUAGUUUCGCAAACAUUUGUGUAAGGCAGAGUAAUUGCCGGGAGAAAUGUACACCUGGCUGUGGGUCGGAAGAGAAACAGCCUUUUGUGUAUUCAGGCCAAGAGUCACGGGUGUGGCUUAGCAGCUCACCUCACCUGGAGCCACAGGCUAGGGUUUCUAUGGUGACAGAGUGACAUUCAAUGCUGCCCUGGUAACGGCCCCAUUCUUGAGGUGCAUUGUCUCCUGCUCGCCUGCUCGGUCUUUUUCACUCCCCCCUGCUUUUUUCUCUCCACACCUUUCUAAUUUCUUUUAAUUUAGGCCCUCGAUAGCUCCCUCAGAGAAAUCCAUUUAGAAAACAACUCACUUCAUUAACAUUGCUAACCAACUGAAAGCCUUACCACAGCUUUUUAAAGCAUUGCAGCUUAACUGAGUUUUCUAACAAGUGUUCCUGUUCUCCUUAUCGCAUAGUUAUUUAAUAGGACAUAAUACUUAAUGGGCUUAACACUUGACAACCGAAUACAUAUCAAGUGUUAAGUCCUUAAUCAAUAAGUGUUUUAGUUUUUUUACAAGACAGUCUGGUCAAUUGAGUGUAGUAACAGUUCUCCUUAUCCUUGUAAAGCCAUUUGUGAGAAUGUUAGUGGCAGACAAAGCCUGCUCUGUGACUUGGCCUGCUAGGUCUUUUAUUUAUUUUUCAUCUAUAGCAUGACCAGGAACAUGCUUUUUGCUACCAAACCUCUUUUACAGACUUUUACACACACACUAACCCCCCCUCGCCCGCUACCCCUUACAUAUGGUUUUCAUUGAGUCCCGCACCAGUGGAAUUUGGAGUGGCUGGUGGGGAGAGUGGAGAGCGCAUUCUGUUAACAUCUCAGCACUGUGGAAGGCUGUUUAGCUGUGUACUCCUUGUGUUAACCAGAGCAUGCUUCCCGUCCACAUCGGUGAUCACAUGAAAGGAACUGGCUAGUUUGUGGUGAAUCAUUUCCUUGAGCUUUGUAUCCAUUUCCCCCUUUUGUUUAUGUUAUACUAUAGAGGACAGCUGGUGUGCAGCCUCGUUUUACACACGCUGUAAAGCGUACUUCAUUCUACCUCUGUUUUAUAGGGCCUUGUAUGUUUGUUUAUGUCUCUGUAUUUGUUUAAAUCCGGUUUUACCGUGGUUUAUGCUUUUCUUUAUCAGCAUAGGCUUGUAGUUUAAAGAAAAUAUAGUUGGGCUAUGUAGAUGUAAGAUAACAACCUCUAAGUUUGUGUCAAUCUAAAUCAUGGUGAGGAUUUUAGCUAAUUUGAUUUUUGGGUGCCUGGUCCAUAGACUAUGGGGAGGGCGUGAACGGGUCACCAUCUGAGCCAUCUCCACCCCCUACCAGUACCCACCCGGGGUGUGCCAGACUGUGGGAGUGAUGUACCACCAGGCCCAUGACUCGGGUUUCUGCUCCCCCAUCCUUCCCUCCCCCGCCCUCUCAUUCCUGCUGCUUGGCGACCCAGAAACAGAGUUGUUUUUUUCCCCCUCUUCCCUCUCUGAAUUUUUAUUUUUUUGUCAUUUAGCAGACGCUCUUAUCUCUGGUUCCCUCCCUUAAACCUAUGCCAAUACGGAUGACCCACACACACGCGCAUACACAUAAAAUACAAGGGCGGUGGGGGUUGGGAAGGCGAUAGCCUCUACCUUAGGCCAUAGAGGAUUUAAGGAGGUUAGCUAGUUUGGUCAUUGGAUCCCCAUCAGUCUGCAUAUGGUCCUAUCUAUGCGCAUUCCUCGCGUCUUUUGUCUGCUUCUUCUACUUGUAGCUCAGGGGCCGUAUACUCAGAUUCACAUAACUUUUCAUGUUUGCUAAGCAGCUGACCUUUUCCUGUUACCAUUGUCACAAGGCAAUGCCUGCCGGCCCUUGUAUGACGCAAUGGGUCACCCGGUACCUUUAUACAGGCCCACAUGAAAGGGUGGUAAAGGGACAUAGCCUAGUAGUCCAUCUGCUUGUUUUGGCUGUGAUGGGGAGAACCGGUGCCAAGAUGUCAUUGUCAAUAUCAGUGUUCCCAUUAUUUUGAGGUCAAAGUGGGCGGUUUAUUUAACCUGGGGCUGUUUACGAGUUUAUUUUGUGGUCCCAAUGCAUACGAGACAAGCCGUUUCUCCCGUUUCCAUUGUAAACCAUAGGUCUUACCGUCAAUAAAUGGGAGAAAUGUGCUAUUCAGGCAUUAGGCUGGUCAUGUCUUUAAAAUUAUGCUGGUGGUGCAGUUCUGCAUUGGUCUCAACAUCAUGUCCUUCUCCCUUUGCAGAGAGGAUCAGACGAGCUUUUCUCCUGCGUUGCCAACGGACCCUAUAUAAUGACCAGCGCAGCAGGUUAGUGUUGCAACCUCCAUUUUUAUAUUAAUAUCAACCAAGUAAACAUUUUAAUCCACUAUGAGCAAAGGUUGAGGCUGAAUUUCCAAAAGGACGUACAUCCAAGCUGUAGGCUCUCUCUCUCCUCCACAGCCAAUGGCAACGACAGCAAGAAGUUCAAAGGUGACAUAAGGAGCCCGGGCAUCCCGUCGCGCGUCAUCCACGUGCGCAAGCUCCCCAACGACAUCAAUGAGGCAGAGGUCAUCUCCCUGGGCCUGCCCUUUGGUAAAGUCACCAACCUGCUCAUGCUCAAAGGAAAGAACCAGGUAAGUGGUCUCACAUGCCACCUAGCUCAUUCGCUCUAACAGGUUCUCUUGCCGUCAACUCAAAGGGGAGGGGAGCAUUAGUAACUAUUUAAUGCAAUAGUAGUAACCAACUGUUAACCAGAGUGGAACAUACAACUGUUGUAGUAGUAGUAGAGUUCAGAAAAAUGGUGUUCUUAUGGCAUUCUCCUGUGUGUCCAGGCCUUCAUAGAGAUGAACACAGAGGACGCGGCUCAGACCAUGGUCAGCUACUACUCCUCGGUGACGCCAGUCAUCCGCAACCACCCCAUCUUCAUGCAGUACUCCAACCACAAGGAGCUCAAGACGGACAACUCCCCCAACCAAGUGGUGAGUCACUCUACUGUAGCUACAGGGAGGGGAAAAAAGUAUUUGAUCCCCUGCUGAUUUUGUACGUUUGUCCACUGACAAAGAAAUGAUCAGUCUAUAAUUUUAAUGGUAGGUUUAUUUGAACAGUGAGAGACAGAAUAACAACAAAAAAAUCCAGAAAAACGCAUGUCAAAAAUGUUAUAAAUUGAUUUGCAUUUUAAUGAGGGAAAUAAGUAUUUGACCCUCUCUCAAUCAGAAAGAUUUCUGGCUCCCAGGUGUCUUUUAUACAGGUAACGAGCUGAGAUUAGGAGCACACUCUUAAAGGGAGUGCUCCUAAUCUCAGUUUUAUACAGGUAACAAAGACACCUGUCCACAGAAGCAAUCAAUCAGAUUCCAAACUCUCCACCAUGGCCAAGACCAAAGAGCUCUCCAAGGAUGUCAGUGACAAGAUUGUAGACCUACACAAGGCUGGAAUGGGCUACAAGACCAUCACCAAGCAGCUUGGUGAGAAGGUGACAACAGUUGGUGCAAUUAUUCGCAAAUGGAAGAAACCCAAAAUAACUGUCAAUCUCCCUCGGCCUGGGGCUCCAUGCAAGAUCUCACCUCGUGGAGUUGCAAUGAUCAUGAGAACGGUGAGGAAUCUGCCCAGAACUACACGGGAGGAUCUUGUCAAUGAUCUCAAGGCAGCUGGGACCAUAGUCACCAAGAAAACAAUUGGUAACACACUACGCCGUGAAGGACUGAAAUCCUGCAGCGCCCGCAAGGUCCCCCUGCUCAAGAAAGCACAUAUACAUGCCCGUCUGAAGUUUGCCAAUGAACAUCUGAAUGAUUCAGAGGAGAACUGGGUGAAAGUGUUGUGGCCAGAUGAGACCAAAAUGGAGCUCUUUGGCCUCAACUCGCUGUGUUUGGAGGAGGAGGAAUGCUGCCUAUGACCACAAGAACACCAUCCCCACCGUCAAACAUGGAGGUGGAAACAUUAUGCUUUGGGGGUGUUUUUCUGCUAAGAGGACAGGACAACCUCACCGCAUCAAAGGGAUGAUGGACUGGGCCAUGUACCGUCAAAUCUUGGGUGAGAACCUCCUUCCCUCAGCCAGGGCAUUGAAAAUGGGUUGUGGAUGGGUAUUCCACAAUGACAAUGACCCAAAACACACGGCCAAGGCAACAAAGGAGUGGCUCAAGAAGAAGCACAUUAAGGUCCUGGAGUGGCCUAGCCAGUCUCCAGACCUUAAUCCCAUAGAAAAUCUGUGGAGGGAGCUGAAGGUUCGAGUUGCCAAACGUCAGCCUCGAAACCUUAAUGACUUGGAGAAGAUCUGCAAAGAGGAGUGGGACAAAAUCCUUCCUGAGAUGUGUGCAAACCUGGUGGCCAACUACAAGAAACGUCUGACCUCUGUGAUUGCCAACAAGGGUUUUGCCACCAAGUACUAACAUGUUUUGCAGAGGGGUCAAAUACUUAUUUCCCUCAUUAAAAUGCAAAUCAAUUUAUAACAUUUUUGACGUGUUUUUCUGGAUUUUGUUGUUGUUAUUCUGUCUCUCACUGUUCAAAUAAACCUACCAUUAACAUUUAUAGACUGACCAUUUCUUUGUCAGUGGGCAAACGUACAAAAUCAGCAGGGGAUCAAAUACUUUUCCCCCUCACUGUAGGUCCUUCUCAACAGUUGCGUAACCCUUUAUCUGCGCAGGCUUACUACUUCUGGAAGGCCAUAAGAGAAGGAUGAACUAGUGCUUUUCAUGUUUUCAACAUAGCUUGUACAAAGAGCUUGUCUCCAAAACGCAUCAGCAAGGGAGCUCAGCUGCCACCCUGAACCUACUUUCAUAAUUACUCUUCAUUCAUUUUGGCGUUUUCAUUUUGUAGGCUUCUCUGAGCAAUUAGUGUGUUUGAUGCUUAGAGGCAACAUGAAGUGGGUUUCCUCCACAGUAGACUAGUUUGCUGUGUUAGUGUUACACAUUUUUGUUUGUCUUUAAAGGUAUUUUGAAUCUGGCUCUCUCCUCUGUUUCAUGUAUUGCUGGGUCAGAAUGCCUCAUUUGGAAACUCUGUUCUUGCCAGGGCUUGUGUGGUUGCACAAACAAACCACCAGUCUACUUGUCAGCUGACUUCAGCCAAUCAGAAUGAACAUAUUUUCUGCCAUGUUGCUGAAAAUGGAGUUGUUGGCAUUCGACUGCUAAUUUGUUCAACUUCUACUUUAUUCCGCAGUGUGUUUCUCAAGUUGUUUACCUUUCCCUGAAUAUCUUGCAGGGGAUGGGACCCGGUUCAGGGAACAGAACCGGAAAAAAAAAAAUUCAAAGAACAGAAACAGAUCCUGGAAUGAAUGUGAUCCAUAAUGUUCCAGAACAGAACCGUUAUUUUAAAAGCAUGGGAACUGAUUUAAUAUUGUUUUGCGUUCCAGACACACAAGAAAAUUGUCCCACAACAAAAUGCAACAAAGUGCCUAUAUGCAAAGUCCUCACUCAGACGUAUUCCAGUAUCUACCUGCAAGCUGAAAAUCUUUGCCUGUGCGUGUUUAGGCUACUGUACUGAUCUUACAAGGUUGAUUCAGAAGAUGGGGAGUCAUUUUUAAUUAGCGAGAGAAGAAUGGAUUAACUUUUUCCAAUGCUAGUCAAGGAUACUAUAGGCUUAGUUAUCACGUUUCACGUUGGAUUACUACAGAAAGGUAAGACUUGUUUUUAGCUCGAGCUUGUUAGCUAGCUGGCUCAAAGGACAUUCAAAGUUCCUCGAUAGAAGCCGCUCCUCCUAGGUAUAAUUCUGUGGCUAAUUCAUAUAAUCCACGUCAUAACAAGAUGCCCAGCGCUUCAUGCUACCUCCUCAACCCUCUCGCUCUCUCCCCACCUGCAAAAUCUGUCACAUCUUGCGCCAUAGGCUACACUUGUCUGUCCAUCACGCAUGUAAACAACUAGCUUGCCUGCUCAAUCCUCACUGAUUUAAGUAAUUUUUAAUGAGAUAAAUGUAAAAAAGUUGAUUUCACAGGUUAAAAAAGUAACAGAAGGAAUGAUAUCAUCAUUUUUUUGUUCAAACCGGUUCAGAGCUUUUUUUUGCUGGUUGGAACAGUGGAAUGAAAGGGGAAAAAAUAGUGGUUCAGAACGAAGCGAUUGGAAAAUCAUUAUGGUUCCAACUCCUGAUAUCUUGUGGUCGAGUGUGUAGUGUGUACCAUGCACCCUCCCAACGAGGCCCUCCCCUUUUCUAAACAUUGUUUCCUGGGAGAUGGCAUGCCAAUGGCGACCAAUGGAAGCCACAGCUGUGCACUCUACUCCCCUUCAAAUUACUCCACUCUGGUCUUAUCUGCUAAUAGGCCAAUGAAGUGAACAUAAACACUACUGCUCUGUAAAUGAACAUUCCAAGACGUUUGUGUUUUGCUGGUAGAAGCUAAGUUUCUCUCCAUAGUGUUCCUCAGUGUUUUACAUACUCAAACGGGCCCCAGAGUUUCCACUGAGUAUACAAACAUGUCACGGACAGAGUGGUCAGCAGCACCCUGGAAUGUAAAUCUUUUACGUCCCCAAAUAGUUCUUUUUACAGCCAUUUUUCUUGUAAAUGUCCAGCAACUAACCUAAGGCUAUUCAAUGAGAGUAUUCAGAACAUUGAAACGUAUUGUGUAGAACAGAGAUGACUGUCUGUGGAAGUCAGGUCAGCUCUACCUGAGCAUUUGUAAAUUCUCUUGCUUCUUCCCACUUCCACUGAACCAUCCUCCUCUCUUCCACAGAGAGCCCAGGCGGCACUGCAGGCAGUGAACGCAGUGCAGGCAGGGGGCAUGCCCAUGGCAGGGGGCAUGCCCAUGGCAGGGGGCAUGCCCAUGGCAGGGGGCAUGCCCAUGGCAGGGGUGGAUGCCUCGGGUGGCAUGGGCGGGCACAGCCCCGUCCUGCGCAUUAUAGUAGAGAACCUCUUCUACCCAGUCACCCUGGACGUGCUGCAUCAGGUAACACGCACACGCUUUUCACUACAUGUAUGACUGUAUAUAGGUCGGGGCUUGUAUUCCCCCUGACCAUGCCCUCCUCGCAUGCAGAUCUUCUCCAAGCUCGGCACGGUGCUGAAAAUCAUCACCUUUACCAAAAACAACCAGUUCCAGGCCCUGCUGCAGUACUCUGACGGUCUGACCGCUCAGCACGCUAAACUGGUAAGUAGUGCCAUCUACCUGUCACAAUAAUAUACAGCAGUUCUUUUUCCUCUCCCAUUUGUCUUCAUUGUUUUCCGAUCCUAACUUUAAUGUGUUUUAAAUGUAGAGUGUGGGGAAAAUAAUAGUCUGAAAGAUGAAUGAGCAGAUCCUUGGAUGCAGUCUAAUGCUGAAACUGUUGCCCUGUGGUGAAGUCUUUAGACGGGCAGAACAUCUACAACGCCUGCUGCACCCUCCGCAUCAACUUCUCCAAGCUGACCAGCCUGAACGUGAAGUACAACAACGACAAAAGCCGCGACUACACGCGGCCUGACCUGCCCACGGGAGACAGCCAGCCUUCCAUCGACCACCAGGCCAUGGCUGCAGCCUUCGGUGAGUACUAUGGUGAAUACGUUUUAAAAUUACCUCCAUCCUUCCUCCCUUCUCAUUUAGACAUGACUGGACAGGUGGAAGCUAUGCGGCUGAACCUGUAUCCUUCUCCUGUCCAAUCAUUUUCAACAUGUUAUAUUUGUGUCAUUUACAAUAAACGGAUAAAUGCAACCAAUCAAUUAACACUCCUCUGUAUCCAUGUGUGUUUUUCUCCAGGUGCUCCCGGGAUCAUCUCGGCCAACCCGUACGCAGGAGCUCAUGCCUUCCCCCAAGCCUUCGCCAUUCAGCAAGCUGCAGGUGAGUCUGGUCGUCCUCUUUCUGACACUUGCCUCGCUCCUGAUGAACAUUGAUGGAUUGUAUUUACACAGACCUUUUUCACUAGCGCUUUACAUUUAAAGGGGGAAACUGGCCUCAUCCACUACCAUCGAGCUGCACUACUACUUUGAUACUUUUGCGGACCUUGACCUAUGAGCAGAUUAGCAGUCGUGCUCAGCGGCUUCCAGUCCAGCCUUUUCUCUAUCAACCCAUUUCCGGGGCUUGUGCACUGAGUUUUUUUUUUUUUCCUCCCUACCGUUUGCUUCCCUCUGCAGGCCUGACGAUGCAUGGUGUUCCCGGAGGCCUGGCCCAACUGACCAUGCCCGUGGCUGCAGCCGCGGCGGCUGCAGGCAGAAUGGGUUUCCACCAACUGUCCGGUGGCCACUGUGUCAUGCUGGUCAGCAACCUCAACCCAGAGGUUAGUCCUGCCUUGCCUCCCUCUUGCCCCCUAGUGGCCCAGAUGGACUGAGUCCAGCUGUAAAGCCUCUGUAGACGGGGGUUUCAUUCCUGUUCCCUACCUUGCGCCCCAAAGUGUGCACUUGCACACUCCUCCCUCAUGCGUUUAGAAGUUGAUUUGUCAUAAGCAUGGGCUACCUAGAGGGAGUUUUCACCAAAUUUCUUGUAAAUUCAUGCAGGGGAGUGAAUGAGUGCAUACUUUGGGGAGAGAAUUGGACUGCAGCCCAUAUUCGGCGAUAGCUGCUUCAGUGGGCACACAUGACACAUGCCAAGUAAAUUGGGCUGUGUAUUAUAUGCUGGCACUCCGUGUAACAACAAUGAUGUUAAUGUAUCCACUUCUAUUGAAAAUGUUUAGAAUUCAGGCCUCUCCCUUCACCAACACGUAAAGAAACCAUGCAUUAAGUCACGCCUAAGUGAUACAGCGCCCCCUUUUCUCUUGUCAACUUCCUACAAGAAUGCAAUGUGUACAAGUCCAGUGUAGCAGAGCUUUUGGCUUCUUUUUCCCUAGUGUUUUUCCUCACUCCUGUUCUCCUCUGAAAGUGUUGUACCAUCCCCGUUACCAAAGUUUCACUAGCAGUAGAUGCUAACACUUAGGAUAUACAAGCUUCAUGAAUGUUCAUUUGUUGACUCAUUGUCAUUAUUAUAAUUCCAAAUAAAUAUAUAUAAGAUUAGCUUUAGGUUAUUUGUGCCCUCAUACAUAUAAACUAUAUUUACCAUACAGCCAGUUGGACCUAUAUAUUGGACAUUAACUGUGUGGAAUUUCUGUUAACAUUACACUUAUCAACAUAAUUGUACCAGUCCCUCUUAAUCUACUAAGCAUGAUGAACUUACAUUUAUUUGAGAACUCAUUCCGUAACCUCCACACAUGCAGAGCAAUUUUUCAUCCGAUUAGAGGCAAUAUUGCUUUUAUGCAUUUUAACAUGGCCUUUAGCUUAAGCCCAACAAAUAUUUGUAGAAUAAUUAAUUUUAAAGAUUGUAUCUAUUUGUCAAUAGCAAUGGUGCACAUCAACUCAGACAGAAUUAAAUAAGUAUUGUAUCAUUCCUACUAGUUUCAUUGUUGGUUGGUAAUCUUCACUCUGAUUUAAAGCACAUUCUAUACUGGAUGGAACACUUCAUAUUUCUUUGUAUACUGACCUUGUUUUUUACCUCCUUUUUCUUGUUUCUCUCCCUCCCCAUUCCCCCUCUCUCCCCCUCUUUUUUGGUUUUAAUACCUUCACCUGGAAACCUUUUUUUUUUUUUGCCAAACUGACCGCACGCCCCAUGUAUUCACUCUCCCACCUUCUCUCAACCAUUACACCCCAUCUUCUGCUGUGUACACAUCACAUGCAUAUAAACACACACGUAAACAUAUCCACUCAUCUUUGCUCAUAUCAUAUUGUUACAUAUACCACCCCCUCCACAUCUCCUCCCACUCUUCGCUCCUGUCCAAUUUAUUAACCCUCCUCAUGAUCCAACCACCAUGUUUUUUGUUGUUGUUUUUUUGCCAUUCCCCGUGGAACUGCCUCCGCUGUGGAUGAUUUGUUGAACCUCCACUCUACUGCCUCCGAUCUUUUUCCUGUCCCUUCCUCCCUCCGCUGCAUUCCUCUGCUGUCUUAUAAAGAGAGUUACGCCCCAAUGCCUCUUUAUUCUUUUCGGUAUGUUAUCAUUAGCACCUUUUUUUAUUAUUACUGCUUGUUUAUUCUGUUUUCUUUUUCUAAACUAUUUUUUUUCUUUCUUGUUUUAGUGUUCAAAUGUUUUGCGUGUUGAUUUGAGAAACUUGGCCAAAAGUUGCAGCAUUUCCAUGGGGUUUCUGUCCACGUGCAUAGCUGGCUUUAAAGGGAUACUUCCCUCUGAUUCGACCAUUUAUCAAAUGUUUUCUCUCUCUGAAAAUGGUCUAUAGUUAUGGUUUUGAGUCUGAUCAACUUCAGCCAAAUUGGUCAAGAAUACGUGGACCUGAAAUGCAAUUUUGUGCCGAUCUCUCAAGGAUGCAUUUUUCGGUCCCAUGCUAUGGAUAUUGCAGACUAGUCUUUUUAAUCCUAUGGACCAAAGUUAAUGUCCAGAAAACCUAUGAAUAAUUUUCAAAUCAGAGUUAACUAUUCCUUUAAACAGCAAAUGACAAGACUGCACGUUGUGCAUUUUAAUUUAUAAGAAUAUCUUGUGGAAAAUUCUGUGAGAUGCUGUAACCUUUUGCCACUGUACAUUAGAUUUUAUAAUUUGUCUUGUCAUAGUUUUCAUGGUGAAUUUGCAUUCUUGAUUUUGUCAUCUUGCAUGCCCUUUAUGAACGCUGUAUCAAUUGCUUUUGGUUAAUGGUCAAGACUCCCAUUUGUGCAGAGUACAUAUGGCCAACUUGCAUUCCUUCUGAUCCUUAUUCAAAAUUUCUGACUUGCAGUCCCUGUUUUUUUUAACCAUUAAGUGCCUUCACCUUCCUAAAUGUUAUUUACCAAUUCAUCAGGGAGGGGUACCUUUGUAGACGCAAAAGUCAUUUCCUCCUUGAUAAACUACAUGAAUCCCUAAUUUUACCUUUUCUGUCCAAGUGUAGCAAAAUAUUGAAGUUCCACAGCCUGUCUCUGAGAAUUCCAAUUCUUUGAGUUUAUUAAAACCGAUGUAGAAACGGUAGCCUACACUUCGAUAUUUUUUAAAUGGACAUUUAUGGUGUAGUAGUCACGCAAGUACCUCUGAGAUAGUAAUUGACCAAUUCCCACUAGUGGCCAUGAUGAAACAUUGCAAUGAUCAGUGGCUUCAGUUACUUUUGCUAGAAUGUAUUUGGCCCCCCUUCUCAGUUAGAUAAAUGGAGGAGCAUCUUGAUUGUGAACUGAAGUUAUUCAUAUACACAAGCUUCCCCGUGGUGCUUAGAUGGGUGUUAACCAAAUCUUAAGUGCCCAAAGACAUGGUUUUGAUAGGAUGGCUUGGUCUGGUUUAGAGUUGUAUUGGUUUUCAAACAGUUGUCCCCCCCCCUUCCUAAAUCUGUGUGAAGGUGUAUAUGGCGACGUGAUGAGAGUGAAAAUCCUGUUCAACAAGAAGGAGAACGCUCUGAUCCAGAUGUGUGAUGGGACUCAGGCGCAGCUAGGUAAGGCCCGCUAAACUUUCCUGGAAAUAAAUACCUCAAACUAAAAUCCAGGAAAACUAGCGCCAACCGAAACAACGACAGCAACAACGAUAUGUAGAAAGUGAUGUGCAUCUGAAAAUGAUGCUAAAGGGAUACAAAUAAAUAAUCUCAUGUUUUCUUUAGCGAUGGAAAUUAGCUAUCGUGUUGACUAUACCCAAACACUCUGAAUAGAAGACUCACACUGCUUUACCUCUGCUUUCAACAGCAAUGAGCCACCUGAAUGGCCAGAGGCUCCAUGGGAAAGCGCUGCGUGUCACCCUGUCCAAACACACCAAUGUCCAGCUGCCCCGCGAGGGCCACGAGGACCAGGGCCUGACAAAGGACUACAGCAACUCCCCCCUGCACCGCUUUAAGAAGCCCGGCUCCAAGAACUACUCCAACAUAUUCCCUCCCUCAGCCACCCUGCACCUCUCAAACAUCCCGUAAGUAGACCGGAGGAGUUUCUCCUGCAAUGAGCCCCCUGACCCUUUCGAUAGCUGCUAGUCCUCGGGUACCACUUUCAUGGUUUGACAAAAACUCUACAAAUGUAUUGGUAAACUACUGCUAAAAGCUUGUCAAGUUUUACAAUGGUUUCGUCUUUCUUUCUUUUUAGUCCCUCUGUGGUUGAGGAUGACCUCAAGAUGCUGUUUGCGAGCUCCGGUGCAAUGGUCAAGGCCUUCAAGUUCUUCCAGUAAGUUAUUUUUCCCCUCUAAAAAAAACAGAUUCUUAUCAUUUUAUAUCUUUAUUAUUUUCUAUCUGGUCACGUGUGUGUGUGUGUGAUGUAAAAAAAAUAAUAAUAUCUGCAUUCGGAAAGUAUUCAGACUAGGGGUGUAACGAUUCGUUUUAACAACGAUUCGAUUUGUAUCACGAUUCGUGGUUGUCGAUACGAUUCAAGGACGAUAUUGGUUCAUUUAGAACGAUACGAUCCGAAACGAUUCAGUGACUUGAAAUCGAUUCAGUAACCUUUUAGCCAAAAAUUCAACCAGUGUGACUGAAAUAAAUACCUGGAUACUGGACAGUGCAGGUGAAGUUUCCUAGAUUCCUGUUUCUUGUAAGGACCGCAAUGGUGGCUUGAUAAUUACUCGCUCGUCGGCUUCUCCUCUGUCGUCCGCCAUGCUAUGUUUUGUUGUCUUUGCGCCUUUGCGCUGCUGCUGGCGCGGGGCGAUGACGUCACGUAUAGGCAGACUGAAUCGAGUAAUGUUUAAAGCCUUUAUCAUUAAAAGUGCUAAGAAAAAACAUCCAUAUAAAGUCUGACGUGCUUAAAUCCAAUGGGUUAUUUCCUAGUAUCGAUACAAUCGAUUUAUUAUAUUUUAAAACGAUGUUAGAUUGAUAUAUGUUGUCCAAAAGGCCAACUCGCCGAGCACAGAUCGAUGUAGUUGGAUCAUAGGAAUAUAAAUCGAUACAUCGAUGUAGUAGAUGGAUCGUUACACCCCUAAUUCAGACCCCUUGACUUUUUCCAUAUUUUGUUACGUUACUGCCUUAUUCUAAAAUGGCCUCAUCAAUCUACACACAAUACCCCAUAAUAACAAAGCAAAAACAGGUUUUUGGAGGUUUCUCUCAUUCUUCUCUGUAGAUCCUCUCAAGGUCUGUCAGGUUGGAUGGGGAGCGUUGCUGCACAGCUAUUUUCAGGUCUCUCCAGGGAUGUUCGAUUGGGUUCAAUUCCAGGCUCUGGCUGGGCCUCAAGGACAUUCAGAGACAAUGCAAAUAGUCUGGGUAGCCAUUUGAUUAGAUGUUCAGGAGUCUUAUGGCUUGGGGGUAGAAGCUGUUAAGAAGCCUUUUGGACCUAGACUUGGUGCUCCGGUACCGCUUGCCGUGCGGUAGCAGAGAGAACUGUCUAUGACUAGGGUGGCUGGAGUCUUUGACCAUUUUUAGGGCCUUCCUCUGUUAGUUGCUAGGCAACCAAUUGUAGUUAGCUAGCUAGCAAUGGCAAUCAUGUUAGCAUAUUUCCUACUGAGAUUACUGUUCAAAAACAUGUUCUUGGGUUUAAAAUAAUCAAUACUGAAACUUUCAGAUUAAGUUUGUGUGAAUUAAACAUGUUAAAUUGCUUUCAUGAGCUUAUUCUCUCACUGCCCUGAGUUUAAGACAAGGGUUUAGCCAUCUUGGAAUUAAGAACAAAUCCCAAAACUUUAUUUUCAAGAAUCUAAUUUCUUAACUUUUUGCUUAAGGAGAAACAUAAGAAAUAGCGCAAUAACAUUUCCAAUAACAUUUGAGGAAUAGCAACUUUGCUUAACUUUCUUCAUGAGUCUAUAGUUAAGAAAAAAAUGGCAGUUAAGACAUUUCUUAAGAAGGUUUUGGGAAUCUGGGCCCUGGAUUGUGCAACAUUUGCCCAUUUUUAUUCUUUUCAAAAUUAUUCAAGCUCUGUCAAAUUGGUUGUUGAUCAUUGCUAGACAACUAUUUUCAGGUCUUGCCAUAGAUUUUCAAGCAGAUUUAAGUCAACUGUAACUUGACCACUCCGGGACAUACACUUUCUUCUUGGCAAGCAACGCCAGUGUAGAUUUGACCUUGUGUUUUUAGGUUAUUGUCCUGUUGAAAGGUGAAUUAAUCUCCCAGUGUCUGGUGGAAAGCAGACUGAACCAGGUUUUCCUCUAGGAUUUUGCCUGUGCAAAUCCUGAAACACUCCCAAGUCCUUAACGAUUACAAGCAUACACAUAACUUGAUGCAGCCACCACUAUGCUUGAAAAUAUGGAGAGUGGUACUCGGUAAUGUGUUGUAUUGGAUUUGCCCCAAACAAUUUGAAUUCAGGACAAAAAGUUAAUUGCUAUGCCACAUUUUUUGCAGUAUUACUUUAGUGCCUUGUUGCAAACAGGAUGCAUGUUUUGGAAUCUUUUUUUAUUCUGUACAGACUUCCUUUUCACUCAGUCAAUUAGGUAAGUAUUGUGGAGUAACUACAAUGUUGUUGAUCCAUCCUCAGUUUUCUCUUAUCACAGCCAUUGAACUCUAACUGUUUUAAAGUCACCAUUGGCUUCAUGGUGAAAUCCUCCCCGGCAACUGAGUUAGGAAGGACGCUUGUAUACUUGUUGUGAAUGGGUGUGUUGAUACACCAGCCAAAGUGUAAUUAAUAACUUCACCAUGCUCAAAGGGAUAUUCAGUGUCCACUUUAAAAAAUGUUUUUGACCCAUCUAUCAAUAGGUGUCCUUUGCGAGGCAUUGGAAAACCUCCCUGGUCUGUGGUUGAAUCUGUUUGAAAUUCACUGUUCGACUGAGGGACCUUACAGAUUGUGUGUGGGGUACAGAGAUGAGGCAGUCAUUCAAAAACCAUGUUAACUAUUAUUGCACACAGUGAGUCCAUGCAACUUAUUAUGUGACUUGUUAAGCACAUUUUUACUCCUGAACGUAUUUAGGCUUGCCAUAAGUGGUUGAAUACUUUUUGACUAAAGACAUUUCAGCUUUCCAUUUUUUUAUUAAUUUGUAAAAAUGUCCUAACAUAAUUCCACUUUGACAUUAUGGGGUAUUGCGUGUAGGCCAGUGACAAAUCUCUAAUUAUUCCAUUUUAAAUGCAGGCUGUAACACAACAAAAUUGUGGAAAAAAUCCAAGGGUGUGAAUACUUUCUGCAGGCACUGUAUGUAGCGAAUGAUAGAGCAGCGGAAUAAUAGUCGUCCGACUUACCUAGCAUAAAAACACGAGUUACCAAACUCGUUCACAGGGUUGGUUAACUGAGGUUCCUCGGGUAUCCACAUGGAACAAUUUACAAAGCUCAUUACAAGUGAAUGUUCUGGUGCCGCUCUGGCAAUUUUAGCAUUGAGGACCUAGUAGCUGAGGAAUGUCACUGUUUUUCGAAAAUUGUGUUUUUUUUAUUUAACGUUGUAUUGAUUGUUUUGUUUAACUUUUUAUUGAUUUGUUGUAUUACUAUGAUCCGGGCACCCUUGAGAAUGAGGCCCUGGCCUCAAUAGGUUUCCCCUGAAUAAAUUUUUUUCUGUUGCGUGAUGUGUGUAAAGUGCUUAUAUUGGUCCUAUGACUUGAAUGGGAUUUGUGCCACAAAUGCUAAAACAUGUGGCACAAAUCGGUGCCAGUGAAACUUAACCAAAGCAUGGAUUGCUGCCAUACCAUGUCCAUAUACUGCAACAGGGUAAGGAAACCAAAAUGUCAUUUUGGAUGAACUAUCCCUUUGAAUGUGUAAGGAAAGACUGCCGUGUGUGUGCAAUGUUUUUUUUUUUUUUUAGGAAAGGCUGCAUAUCUGACCGUGUGCAAAUUUGAUUUUUUUUAGGAAAGACCGCAAGAUGGCCUUGGUCCAGAUGAGCUCAGUCGAGGAGGCCAUAGAAUCCCUCAUCGAGUUCCACAAUCACGACCUGGGUGAGAACCACCACCUGAGGGUCUCCUUCUCCAAAUCUACCAUCUGAGGGGGGCAGCCCAAAACGCUACUGCUAAUGGGCCGCCCCAUCCCUUCACGACCUCUGCUAUGUCAAGUUGUGGGAAAGCGACUCUUCAGUCGUAAAGUAGCAUCCACCACAGAAAUCACUUCCAUCAUUCCUAGUAUAUUAUAUUUAUAUUCCAUUAUCUAUAUAAAUCGACAUAUAAACCAUAUGGAAAAGAAAAGUGCACACCCGAUUUUACAGGGUAAUUUUUUUUUUUUAUAUAUAUUUCUAGAGUCUUGCCUUUUUUGAGAGGUAAAUGAAUUCCUUGCUCUCUCUUUGCACCGACAGAAGUAGUUUACACUUGCCUGUCUAAGAGUCUGACUUAAGACUCGCGUAGCCUAAACUUCAGUCAGAAAAUUAUAUUUGCCCUUGGGGUCCAGCACCACUAGGUUCUGAGGUACUUUUGUGAUGCCUCAUGUCCUCUCUGCCUUCAGAUGUUUUCUGUGCCUUACUCCAGAAGUCUUAUGUCCUUCAAUUUGAUACUUUGGCAUUUUACAAGCAAAUUUUGUUUUGGCUAUCUUCCCCUCUCCAAUCCUUGUUUGUGAAGACCAGGUUUACAGCUGAUAUGGGUUUACUGUUUGUAUAAAAUGUAUUACAAGGUGGUUCAUUUCUUUUUAUGAAGGUAUUCUAUUUAGUCUUAUUUUAAAAUGCCCUCUUAUUUUAAAAGUAAGAUGAGCUAGUUAGUUGGGAAGAUUAAAUCCACAACUCAUCUAGCUUUUUUAUUUUUUAAAUAUAUAAACCCCUUGUAUCAGGGUUUGAUUCCUAGUCUUGUUUACUGUAUGUCUAGAUGUAGGUUGUUUGCAUUUUAUGAAAUUUAUGCAAUAAGUUUUGUACAAAUCCAGUAUUGUACUUUGUUAUUCCUAUAUACUGUUGGUUGUAGCUGAUAGGUAUUGGUCAGUGGUUGCCUUAACCACUGUGCCUUUGCAAAAGGUCUAUUGCUAGAACUUUCCUGAUGUCUUGUGUUUGUUUUAUGAUUUUUGUCUUAAUGGCUUGCCUCGCCUUUGAAACACUACAGCGCAAAACCAAAUAAGGCCUUUUUGCAAGUUAUUUUAGCGAACCUGUACACACCGCUUUAUUCAUAAUUCACUACCACAGAGUUGUGGUAGUCUGCCUGCCAAUUAGCACAUUUACAAGGCUCUUACGGGGCUCAGAUAUAUGCAGACUAUUGCGGCUCUGCUGCUGUGAAUUAUAAAAUAAACUUCAGAAUUGGAAGUGUCUCAAGUCAGUUGAAUUCCAAGAUGAAUGAUGGUAAUUUCACAUUUACACGUGCUCGUAAAACAAGAGCGAAUACUUUCAUGUCUGCUACUCGGGUUAGUGUUUUCAAAGGCCUCACAAGAGGGGUUAGUAGCCAUAUGUUAUAGGGCUGUGACUUUUACUUAAUGCAGUCAUUGCUAACGGCAAUACGGCACCCUCUGUCAUGGUAGUCUAUGGACUGGACUUGUGGCCUGGACAACGUUCAGCUUAAAUUGAGAUCCAUUUAGCUAUUUUGGAGAAGUGCCUUUCAAACAAAGCCUUUUUUUGGUCUGUUUAGGAAAUGCGCACAUCCGGAAUAAAUGUAAUCGUCUGCAGUGAUUCUAGGUGCUUGCUACAUUGAAGGUGGACACAUUGUUGUAGAUCACAUUUAAAAGAUCAUUAUCAACUAUCAGUCUUAAUACUUGGACAUUCCACGUGUGCAUCAUUUUCUGUUGGGGAAAUGUUUCGGUUAUUUUAGGUUUUCUUACUUCUAACAAUUAAUUGUGCAUCAAGUUCCUAUUAUUAAGUUGAACUGGUGCAAAGCAAUAAUAUAAUUUCAGGGUCAUGUGAGUAACCCCAGUGCUCAGACGCUACGUUCGAUCACUUAAGUGUUCUUGAACACAUCAGUUGAUUACAUGCUAACCUAUUCAUAAUUGGACUCCAGCAAUGCAGAAGAAUCCCAAUUUGUUUGUAGAUUACUCAAGAAUACGUGACACUUGUCUCCAUAUCACUAUGUAGCAUGUGUUGAUAUUAAAGGUAUUUUACUUGCUUUGCAUACCCCAGGCCAUGGCAGGAGUGGAUUUCUCAAUUAUGCAAAAUUGCACAGCAUUUAAAAUCAUUACAACCUCAAUCACUUAACAUUAAGAUGGCAGGAUUUCUUAAAGCGAGAUGAUUGUCGGGGGGAAGCUGUACAUAAUUGUUUUUUGGUACCACAAAGUAGGUAUUCCGAAACUAGGUUUUAUAUCUAUGAAACGUAUAUAUUUUGAUUACCUUUCUCUUGAGCCUCUCAGUUUAAAAACAACAUUUGUAUCACAAUUAAAUUGUUUUCUAACAAACAAAAAAAUGGGUCCCUUUUGGUCAUUGUAGUGUUCUGUAUAGCUUAAACUUUUCUUGAAAUUGUGCCUUCAAUAAAUAUUCUCUGCUUUCAAUUGGUAAUUUCCUUUGGGUUCUGCUAUUUUUAGAUUUACCUCCUUGCUCAUCAGUUUGUUUCCUUCAUUCCCCUGCUAACCAUUGGAUCUAUAGAGGCUACUUCUAUUGUUUCUGAGCCAAAUACUUACGAAAGGAGGACUGGACACUAUAUUGAUUUGCAAUGAUUAAACGUAC